AUGGCGACACCCCAGUCUCUCUUCCAUGGAUCAUGUGUCCCAAACUAUUCUGUUAAAGCCAUCCUCACUGUGCCACGGGUGCAGACGAGGUGGGUCUGCUGGCUGUGCCCCUGCUUGUGGCCUACCUGCAUAUCCCACCCCCCCCCACCCCCCCAGCUCUCUCCUGCUCUGCACUCCUGGAAGUCGUCAGGCAAAUUUUUCACCUACAAGAGAUUGCGCAUCUUCUACCAAGACUCUGUGGGUGUGGUUGGAAGCCCUGAGAUAGUUUUGCGUGGCUUUCCAACAUCCAGCUAUGAUUGGUACAAGAUUUGGGAAGGUCUGACCCUAAGGUUUCAUCGAGUGAUUGCCCUUGAUUUCUUGGGCUUUGGCUUCAGUAACAAACCGAGACCACAUCACUACUCCAUAUUCGAGCAGGCCAGCAUUGUGGAGGCUCUUUUGCGGCACCUGGGGCUCCAGAACCGCAGAAUCAACCUUUUGUCUCAUGAUUAUGGAGAUAUCGUUGCUCAGGAGCUGCUCUAUAGGUUCAAGCAGAAUCAAUCUGGUCAGCUUACCAUAAAGAGUCUCUGUCUGUCAAAUGGAGGUAUAUUUCCUGAGACUCACCGUCCUCUCCUUCUCCAAAAGCUUCUCAAAGAUGGAGGUGUCCUGUCACCCAUCCUCACAUGAUUGAUGAACUUCUUUGUAUUCUCCCAAGGUCUCACCCCAGUCUUUGGGCCAUACACCCGCCCCUCUGAGAGUGAGCUGUGGGACAUGUGAGCUGGGAUCCACAACAGUGAUGGAAACUUAGUUAUCGACAGUCUCUUACAGUACAUCAACCAGAGGAAGAAGUUUAGAAGGCGCUGGGUGGGAGCUCUUGCUUCUGUAACUAUUCCCAUUCAUUUUAUCUACGGGCCACUGGAUCCCGUUAACCCCUCUCCAGAGUUUUUGGAGCUGUACAGGAAAACGCUGCCGCGGUCCACAGUCUCGAUUCUGGAUGACCACAUUAGCCACUACCCACAGCUAGAGGAUCCCAAGGGCUUCUUGAAUGCAUACAUGGGCUUCAUCAACUCCUUCUGAGCUGGAAAGAGUAGCUUCCCUGUAUUACCUCCCCUACUCCCUUACCUGUUGUGUAUUCCACUUAGGAAGAGAUGCCCAAAAGAGGUCCCGGCCACCAAACACUAUUCUCUCACAAAAGUCCACCUGACUCACUUGUGAUCAGCAUACAGUUAAAAGCCCACAGAAGCUCUGGCUAAGGAUGGCCCUAACAGUCCACCUCCCACUCUUCUAGCAUCCGAGCAACUGUAUAGACUUGCCUUUGUCUUUGUGCUAUUAGAACAUUCUGAGGAGAUUACUACUCACAGACUCAGAAAGACAAGCAUUUUAAAAGUCGUCUUAGCAAUUCUGUGGACUUUUGUGAAAUAUUUAGAAAUGCUAAUUUCUGGCCCAUCCUCGAUUGGAAUCCUAUGGUAAAGAAUGAGGCGAGGGUGUCUCCUUACCUGUCCUCAAAUGGCUGUAAGGGCACAUGCUUUUGUAAGUUCUCUAAGCAACACAGCUUAGUAAGA